CGAGCUCAAAGUGCAAGACACAGUCGACGCUUGGAAGGAGCAAAGUGAGAGAGAUUUUGCGGCAUUUAGAAGCAGUAAAACUAGAUAAUUCUAAGUUAUUCACUGCGGAUCGAAGAAUCCUCAGUGGAGUGGAGUUUCGAUUAAAAACGAAGCGAAAAAGGGAGAUUUUAUUCUUCGAGAGCAACACACACACGCAGACACACAGGGACUGUGGUGAAUUUUUGGUGAAUUUGUGGUGUGUCGUGGCCCCGAGCCUAAAAAAAAAAGAAAAAAGACUCGCGGGAGAAGAGAAAGGUCGCCGCGAGAAGUGUUUGGGCGCACGCAUUACACAACAGACCGAAAUCGCGGGGUGUAGUAGUAGCCCUUGAACGAGUAGCCCGCUCACAACACAGCAGGCUACGUCAUCAACAACAACUGGUCUUCGAGUCUGGUUGAGGCACAGCGCGACCGGAUCAUCGAAACCGCCGGAACGGAGAGGUCAUGUACAUCAACAACACCGAUGCGCUGAAGGUAUGGCUGACGGAGGUGCUGGAGCCGCUGUGCGAUGCGGAUCCGGCGGCGUUGGCUCGCUACGUGCUGGCGCUGCUGAAGAAGGACAAACCGGAGAAGGACCUGAUCGUGUCGAUGAAGGAGCAGCUGGACGUGUUCCUGUCCGAGGAAACGCAACCCUUCCUGGAGCAGCUGUUUAAGGUGAUCAAAAGCGAGGAAUACCUGAAAGCGGCGCCACCGCUACCCGUCCUUCCCGCCACCAACGGUACCUCCGCGACGGCUGCAACCUUGGCCUCCUCGACGACGGCGACGACAACGACCACGUCGUCGACGAGCGCCUCGGCCACCGUGACGGACGAGCACGUGAGCAGCAGUUCCCGGAGCAGGGGGAAACGUGAAUUUACGCCACCGCUGCAGGACAGCAGCUCCCGGCUGCAGUCCAAAGAGAGUGCGGGUGCCAGUGCUUCCUCAACCUCCUCCUCGUCCACCGCGCAGUCGGAUCAUCAGGCGAAGGAUCAUCACCACCAUUACCACCAUCACCAUCACAGUUCCUCGGCAGCGGGUGGCAGUGGAAGGGAUGCCGCUUCCUCUGGGGGUGGCUCGGGCGGCAACGCCGUCACUUCCGUCGCCUCCGUCGCCAGCCACAACCAGCAGUCGGUAAGCAGCAGCAGCGCCAGCAGUUCGAGUGUCAGCCACAAACCCUCCCAGCAUUCGCCCAUCAAAGGCUCCAGCAAAGAGGAUCAUGGCAAAGAAAGCAGUACUAGUCGCCGCGGCCGUCGCAUGCAGAACCGUUCCCGUAGCCGUUCCCGCUCGCGAUCUCGCUCCUUCGAACGGUCUCGGGACGCGAGACGAUCGCGGUCCCGUGAGAGGACGCGUGGCGGUGAGGGUCGGGACAAGUCGGGACGCUCGUCGUAUCGCAACAAGUCUCCGGUCCGUGGCAGUGGUGAAUCGUUCCGGCGCUACGAUCGCAAAGCUGGCCACAGUGGUGCCAAUUCGUACGAUCGUCGUACGGCCACUGGUCCGGGUAGUGGCAACGGAAACAGUAAUAACAGCGGUAACGGUACCAGUGCGAGUAACGCAGGAAGCAACGUUGGCAGCAACAGUUCCAUGGGCGGAAGCGCCAGUGCCCACCUGGGAGCGAACUCCAGCACCCGAGCCCAGAGGAUUCGUUCGCAUUCGCGCAGCCGUUCAACGUCACCGAACGCCGAUCGGCGGAAAAUGGCACGAUCGAUGACACCGAACCGUGCCUCUGGAGUAAUUUCCGACCGCAGCAGUGGAGCGACGACGGCGAAUGCGACCGGUAGUGGUACGGCCAACAACGCGGCUACCGGAGGAGUUGGUAGUACCAGUGCAGGAGCGGCUACAGUAAUGUCUACGGUUGUUCCUCUUGUUCCGGCAUUGGGAGGCGUCGGUCCAGUACCUCCACCAGCCGUGGGGUUGCUCGACAUUCCGCUCAAUCCCGUUGUGCCGGCCAGUGUUAUCGAUGCGGCAGGCGGUGUAGUCAGCGGGGGUGCGGCGCCACUCGGUGUCACGAAGCGUCAACGGUGCCGGGACUUUGACGAGAAAGGGUACUGCAUACGCGGUGAAACCUGCCCCUGGGAUCACGGUGUCGAUCCGCUCGUCCUGGACGGCAUCAACAAUCCCGCCCUGAUGGCGCAGAUGCGCACCUCGGUGCCUGAGUACAACCCGGACGCACCGGCCCUGUGGAACAAGAUGUCCAACGUACCGCCACCACCGCCUGGCCACGUGGGAGGACGGCCCAACAUUGGGCAGCGACUGGGCAACGCGAUCGCCAUGGGCGGUGGUAUUGGAUUUGGACCGCGUGGAGUCGUCGGACCGGCCGGUGGCAUGGGAGUGAACUUCCGCGGAGUGGCCCCGUUCCCCGGGGCUGGCGGUGGCUUUGCUGGCAAUCCCAUCGGUGCUACGCCGCUGCAACGUGAACUGAUUUCCGUGCCCGUGGUGGACGCGAGCAAGGGUGGAGACGUUUCGGCGCAACACGCUGGCCGACGCUUCGAGCCAGAGGAUGCGGUCGCGAUCGCAGAUGGACCAUUGAAGCGGAAGAUGUCGAUGAACAAUCGCUUAGGGCCGCGCGUGUCUGGCCACGGUCCGGGACCGAUGAUGAUGAACCCGCAGAUGAACUGUUCGCUGGAGCUGCGCAAGAUACCGCGCGGGUUGAACGAAAUCGCGCACCUUAACGAUCACUUCUCCAAGUUUGGCAAGAUCAUCAACAUCCAGAUUCGGUACGAUGGUGAUCCGGAGGCAGCAAUCGUUACCUUCUCGACGCACGCCGAAGCAAACGUGGCCUAUCGUAGUACCGAAGCCGUGUUGAACAAUCGUUUCAUCAAAGUGUUCUGGCACACGGCGUCGGCCGCAUCAGGUGACCAGCCAGCCAUUACGCCGUCCGCCAAGACCGAACACUCGCUGCGACGCUCGUACCCGAACCAGUACAGCAUCAACAACAACCUGAACCCACCCGGAGCGGCCGGCGCAGGUGGUGGUGGUGGUACCACACAGUCGGCACCAACUGCUGGUGCGGCAAAAGGCGGUGCAGCUGCCGGAAGCGAUACAAAGUCCGCAGGCGGUGAAUCGCAGGGCGCUAAUGCAGGGGCAACGACGGCUACGAAUGGUAAUGAAAAUGUGGCUCCCCCAUCGGUUGCAGCCGGUGGACAGGCAACGGCAGGAAAGCAGGGUGGCGCUGCGGCCAAGUUCGUGCAAGCGAACAAACUGAACCGGGCUGCGAAUGAGAUGCUGCGCAAGAAGCAAGAGCAGCUGAAUCAGGGCAUCCACAAGCGGAAGUACGAUCUACUGGAGGCAUAUCUGAAGGAACAGCGUAAGCUGCUCGACAUGAUGCUCACAUCGGAGGCCGGUGAUCCUAAACGGCCGCAGCUGAAGGCCUCCCUGAGCGAACUGCAAACGAAGAUCAACGCGCUGCAAAAGGAGAUCGAGCAGGAGCAGCAGCGGCUGGCGGCACGGCUGAUGAAGGGCAGUGGCCCCGGUGGUGUCGGUGGCCCGGGUGGUGCCGGUGGUGGUCAACCGGGUAUGCCGGGCGGUAAGCACAAGACGAAGGAGCAGCAUGAGAAGGAGCUGCUCGAUGCCGAGCUAGAACUGAUCGCCCAGGAGCAGCGCACGGCUGUGGCCGGUAGUGGUGGUGGUCCCGUUGCCGGAGCUAUCGCUCCCAUCAGCCAUAAACCGGUGCAACAUCACCAGUUCGGUGCUCGGAAGGGGGCUGGCGGUCGUUUUGUGCCACCCGGUUCCACCAGCGUGGAUCGGCGCCCGACCACGAUGACGGUCACUGGAUUCGCCGCGGACGAUGCGGAUGCGCUGCUCGGGCACUUUAAGCAUUUCGGAGAGAUCACCAAACACCAGCUCGACCAGACGGUACCAUCGUUGACGAUCAGUUACAGCACCCGGCAGGUAGCGGAGAAGGCUCUCGCGCGCGGUAAACUCUUCAAGGAUCAACCCCUGACGAUCGUGUGGGCAACGGUGGCGGUGCCACCGUCAGUAGCUUCAAUCAACCCGAACGCCGGAGGUGGUGGCGGUGCGACGACUGGUGGACUGCUGCCGGUCAGUGGCGGUGAAGCGAUGGACUUGCCAGGCACUGGCUUGGAUAAGCACGGUAAGGAUGGUAACCCAUUGGUAGGCCAGGAGGAGAAGGCGGCCGCAGCAGCAGCAGCAGCAGCCGUAGCAGCAGUCACCGCAGCAGAUCAACGGACGGAGGAGACGGACCCGAUGCGGAUGACGAAGAUCGACAACGAGUCGAACAUGCUGGAGCGGAUGGAGGGGACUGGCGGUGAUACCGGGCUGGCAUCGGGUGAGCUGAACUCGUCCUCGAUCGAAACGCUGCUCGAGACCGACGAUCUCAUGACCGAGAUGCCACUGGUGGAGGAGGAGGAGGAAGAGGAUGACAUGGAACCGGAGCGUUCCUGGCGUCGUUGAAGCGGUUUUUUUUUGUCGUUUUCGUUUGCUUUCCUUUUUUUAAUAAUCCCCUUGGUACAACAGAAAACUCGUGUUUUAGAUAGUUAGCUCUAGUUGUUAGGAGUUGCUUAUGUGUUUUUAAACUAAAAGUCUUAACCAACCGUGCUUCUCUUACCAUCUCUCCAACCUUGGGAGUCAUUGGACAUCAUGUACUCAGUUUGAUCCACACGUCCAUCCAUCCAUCCAGCGUUUCGAUUUUGUCCUGGGAAAGCCAUUAGUAACAUUCAUUGAAGACAAAACUACGGACCAAGUGGUCCGUACUUUGUUUGAUAACGAGCGUUCAUUCAUUCAGUUGGUGGUUGCGGUAGAUAACCGGGUUUGCUAUACGCAAACGCAGUUUCGAUUUUGAAACCAUCAUACAUGUGUUUCAAUGUGGAAGGAGCGAGUGCGUGCGGGCGCAGUUAGAUAGAAUUCGAUGGGGUGUGUACAGUCAAUAGGUCCAGUUUUUGUAAACAGUUGCCACGUCGCCGUCUUGGCACGUCGAAGCACACUGUCCCAGCAGACCCAAUACCUAAUGCACUAUCACCAUCCGCGUACACCAACAUGCGCUCUACAGUAAACGACAAAGAAAUGACGAUCUAUUAAGUAAUUGGAAGAGAUAUCCCUGAGGCAACGUUGUGCGUCUUGCGAAAGUUCAUUCUUUCUAUCUCUUCCUAAUGUCGAUUGCUGUUCGUGUGUUUCCAGUCCAUCCCAAAAAAAAAAAAAACACCACCACCACACGGCGUACUGCUUUGGUACGCCUGUUCGAUGAUAACGAGGAAGUUAGUGUGCACACACCAGUCAGUCAGUCAGAUGAUAUGAGGCCCUCUCAGUGAAGCAACGGUUCGGCUACACUAGGAAUUAUGUUAUCAAAAUGAUGCAUGCAAGCAGAACGGCUAGCGUAUGAUGGGGAAACAAGGAAGAAUGUGCAGGCGGAAGUGAAGUGGGAAGGAGGGGUGGGUAACUGGUUAAACUAUACGUAUACAAGAUUGUACUAGCUCGUAAGUCGAAUUUGUAGCGAUAUGUAAAACUCAAUGCGUGGCCACGUGGUUUGACCCGAAGAACGAAGAACAACAGAAAAUAACAAUAGAUGAAAUGGGAAAAAAAUCACAAAGAUAAAAAAGUGGAAAAAAGAAAAGCAAAAAGAAGCGAAAAAUGAAAUCCACACACCACAUUGGCUUUGGCAAAAGGUCGAUCAAUCUGAAAAAAAAGUAUGAAAGAUUAGUAAAAAAUCACAAAACUAAUCAUGACGUGGUGUGGUAAAAGAGUCAAACCAAAAAGCAAAAAAAAAAAAUACGAACGAAACAUUGCGGAGUGUGGCAGCUUGAGCUACAACAGAAUGAAAUGAAUCGAAAAGAAAAGCGAAAAAAUAACCCAACAGAAAAGAGAGAGCAUGAAUGAAGUAGCAGCGGCGAAUGGAAAAAAAGAGCACCGUAACAGAUAAGCAACGAGCGCACGUUGCUUUAGAGCUAAAAUAAAGGAUAAUUAACGUAAAAGAUGAUUUCAAAGAAGAAAUUCAAACGCAAACCAACUCCCGAGGUGCGCUAGGAGUUGCGAUAGUCAUUACAACACAAA